AUGAAAGAAACAUCGGAAGAUGUUUUUGCGAAUUUUACAUUAGCGAAAUUUGUCGAUGUCAUUGCAGAUGGAAAAGUUAUCAGAGCUUUGAUUGGGGAAGCUGAGCAUUUCACCGGUGCCAAAUUGUUUUGCGAAGCCAACAACGCCCAACUUCCUCAUGAAAAACUUGACAUUCUGAACAAUAAAAGCCAUAGUUAUUGGAUCGAGGUGGAGGUUGAAAAUGAACUCCACGACCCGCAGCUUUUGGAGGCUUUGGAACAUUUCAAGAAAAUUUCGGCGCACAGCAACGCUGCUGUUUCUAUCAUAAUGGAAUUUUCUUCGCAGUUAGCGCUUCCAGAAAAAAGACGCUCGACUUGCAUCUACCUCCACCACAUGGAACUUCAAGACUCAAUCUUUGGUGACUUUGAUCGAAGGAUCGAUGAUCACCAGUUUGUUUGCAAAACCGAUGUUUUCGACGAUAAAAAUCGAGUAAAAAUCAUCAACGACUACAAAGUAAACUGUGAUCUUCUUCAAAUCAAUGCGACUUUCUUGGAUCAGUACCGACUAUGGGACUUUUCUCAAAGGGAUGAGACUUGGGUGAUUGUUAACAAAAAGCUAUCAGGAGAGUUUCACAACGACAGUAUCAUCUCUGUCAUCUCUAGACAAAUCGGAUAUGAGAUAGAAGAAGAUCUCGUAAAUAAAACUGGCUUUCCUUGGUGCGAAGGCCAGCCAGACCAACCUCAAGGUAUCUUUUGGGCUUAUGAUCAGUUUGUCGUUGUGGACAACGCUUCAAAAUUUAAUCGGAAAUUUCUCUGCCUUCCAGACUGA